AACUACUCGUUAGUUUUCGUCCAAAGAUGAAAUGGGCAAAAUGGAUCCUUGACGGGUUAGUAUCCGACAACAUUUAACAUCCAACCGACCGGUUACUUCCCCGAAUAAUCCGUCUCAAUUCCCUGCGCUCGAAAUUAAUGAACACCGAAGCCGAAAACAGUGCGGCAAAGCUCGAAGGGUGCUGCGAAGAGAAAAGAAGCAAAAAAGUUUCGUCUUUUUACUGUUCCCUUCUCAAUUUGUAGGGUUUUCGAUCUCAAAUUCAAUCUCUAAGGAGAAGGCUAGGGUUUCAUCCCUCAAUCGCUCUAAUCUGCUUAAAGUGAUCAUGGGUCUUGGUUGAGAACCAACUCCUCAUUGAAAUAAACUUUUUGGUUCUGCAAUGAGGUAUAAGCAAGAUGUGAGCAUCAGACAUCUUAUCCAUAAGCUAAAGCAUGCAUCUGCAAAUUUUUGUGGGCAGAAGGGAUUGUUUUCUUCUCAAGUCCACAAUCUUUUGGCUGUUAUCUUGGGUGCUGGAGUGGGAGUGGCUGGUUUAUACAUCUCGUUAUGGGAUGGUAAAAUAAUUUCUAUACCAUUCAUACAUGAACAGAAGGAUUCUUAUACCGUGGCUGGAUUGCAAAACCUUGGAAAUAAUUGUUUUCUGAAUGUGAUUUUACAGCAGGCACUUGCUAGCUCUCGUCAUUUCCUUUCGUUUGUACAGAAUAUAUUACUCUCUGAUGAUUUGCUGGUUGGGGAAAAUAAAGAAAAUAUGCCUCUUACAGCUGUAUUGAAUUCAUUAUUGAAAGACUUGAGCAUUGCCCGAGAUGAAAAAACUGUACUGAACCCAAGAAGAGUGAUGCUGGCAAUGAGCUCAUAUGCCAGCAGCUUCAAUUUAACAAGACAACAGGAUGCUGCAGAAGCAUUUCUUCAUCUUCUAUCUGCAUUAGAAGAGGAAAUUUUAGAGUUUUACGUGAUGCAUGACAUUUCUCUGGCGGACAUCAUUGCUUUUCCCUCUAAGAUUUAUAAGCCAAACAGAGAAGGGCAGAAUGAAUGUGAACGAUGGAAGCAAAAUUUUUUGGGUCCAUUUGAUGGAACUAUUGGAAGCUCUUUAACAUGUAAAACUUGUUCAUCUAUGGUGUCAAUGGAUUUUGAGUUUUUCCGCUGCUUGCCUCUCUCACCUGUACUGGAUGGAGGAAUGGAAAUUAUGGCUGGUUGUACUGUGGUUGAUUGUUUAAAGCAUUUUACUGUAGUAGAACAUGUAGAAAAUUAUCGUUGUGGUCGAUGUUGGCAUACUGCUGCUUUGAAAUAUUUAUUGGGAAAAGAAGAAAAGGAUGAGGAAAAAAUCAAAAAGCUUGAAAAUUGUGUCAGCCUUGAUUCUUGUGGUUGCAAUGAGAUUUUUCUUCAGGAAGAGAUAACAUGGACACAGUUUUCAUGUGCUUCAAAGCAACUAAGUGUUGCUCGAUGUCCAAGGAUUUUGUGCAUUCAUCUGCAACGUGCUUCUAUGAGUGUGUAUGGUGAAUUCAUCAAGCUUCAGGGAUAUGUUUCCUUCCCAUUGUUUUUGGAUCUCUUCCCAUUUAUGAGGGUUAAUGCGGGACAAGAAACUUCAGAAGAUUAUGCACAAAAACUUGAGAACCAAAUGCCAAAUUUAUUGAUGCCUCAGCUGCAUUUGAAAAUGCCACAGGAGGUUCAUAUGCUCUCGCACAUGUAUCGAAUUGUUAACAACAAACUUUCUUCAGAAUUUUUAGCAAGAGAAAUGCUGAGGAACUCAACUACUGAAGCUUUAAGUCAUUCUCCUAGUGAUACUGCUAGUGAGAACAAUGACAGCCAUAAGAAAGCCGAGAGGAUAUUUGCUUCUGAUCUCCAUGGGCCUCAAGCUGGCUCCUGCAGUGAAACCAGACUAAAUAACAAGGGCAGUGCCAUUGAUAGUUCAAGUUCUUCAAAACAAUGUAUUUAUCGCCUUUCUUCUGUUGUUGAACACUAUGGAAGGCCUGGAAGUGGGCACUAUGCUGUUUAUAGAAGACUGGAUUCUGAGGGGUCAUCGGAAACUGCAUCUCGCCGAUGGUUUUAUGUUUCAGAUCGUGAAGUAUCAGCAGUCUCUGAAGAAGCUGUUCUUGCUGCAGAGGCAAGCUUACUUUUCUAUGAGAUGAUAGAUACCAGCAUCAGUUCAGAUUAAGUUGCCACCAGAAAUAACUCCCAUUUAUGAAGAUCAAGCGGACUGUAAAGAGACAUGAGAGUUUUUUUAUUUAUUUCUUAAUUCUUUUUUGAGUAAUUCAACAAAGGUACCAUGAAUCCUGGGGUAUUUAGCUAAGAAGUACCACAUUUUUUAUUAGAAAAAAAAUUAAUAUGAACUAUUUUCAGUAAACUAUCAUUCCUGACGGCGCUUAUUGUAA